AUGGGGAAUACUGAAAUUAUUGUUCAUGUACUGCGGUUGAAUCAGCAAAAACCGAACGACCCUAAUGAUCAGCGCCCUGAUUGCCGUAGGGAUUUGUUCAUAGCCGAACGUCUUGCAAAAACUGAUCGGCAACUGGAGGCCGGCGCAACUCCGACAGGAGAGGUGACUGCAUGCACUGCACAUAGCUGGAUUAGUGAUCGGGAUAUUAUUCAAGACCGUUGGAGAAACAAGAUGGGUGUUUGCGAUGCACGUACCGCUCAACGGCGUGCUGAUCGACGCAGCUCUUGGCGAAAAUUCCAUCAUGAGUUGAAGUUGGUGCUGGGAGAGGUAAGGCAGUGGAGAAGUUAA